AUGGCCGCCGCCAUGCCUCAUGAGUCGGCUCGCAUCCGACCGGGCCAAUACUCGCGUCAGCACUCCGCCUUCUCCGGCUCCUCCGAUCCACAGAGCGGUAAGGAAAACGAGCCGCUCUCGCCCCAGCCACACACAUCGGGAAGGGGCCGAACCACAUCACCAUCCAAAGCUCAUCCCAUCGCCAUCGAUCCGAAGUUCCGCCUGCGAGGCACAUCGCCAGAGGAUACCGAGCGAGAGUCGCGCUCCAGGCUGAGUUCGUCGUCCAGCCCGACCAAAAAGGGGCUGCGUAGUCGCAGCCGCAGUCGCAGCCGACUGUUUGGCAAAGACAAGACCGACACGCUCAACAACCACGCCGAUGCACCCCAAUCCUACGCAGCCACCCGCACCCCCGACCAGAUCGACGCCGACUUUGUCGAUCUGCUCGAUGAGCUGCAGGUGCAGCCCGACCUGCGCCGCAAGCUGCUCGCGCUCAACUCCACCGUCAAGGCUUCCAUGCUGCAGGGUCAGGCGACGCUCAGCCUCGCUGCUUUCGGGCUGGGAGACGGCACCGCUGGAGCCACGCCCUCUUCGCCAACAAAGCGCAUGCCCAUCCCGGAUCUGCUCAAGGCACGGCCGGCUUCGCGUCCUGCUUCAGUCCACAUCUCCUCUCCGCUGCUGGGGCACGAUGCCGCUUCGAACUACGCCAACCUUGCCGCUGACUCUGCCGAGCUGAUGGCGCCCCCCAACACUGCACUGCUGUUUGGGUCCGGGCCCCCUCGACAGGUCUCGACUGGCUCCAUCGACUCGGCCUCCUCUGGCUCCGCUGGCCAUACAAAGCAGCCCAGCAGCACGUCGCGCAGUGCCAUCCGCGACGCCUUCAAGAAGUCCAACCCCAACCUCGGCCAGGGCGGGUCCUUCAUCUCUCUUGCAGCGUCUGCCGCGGGUGGCUCGACCAGCACACCCUCUACGCUCCGUCCACGCUCGAUGUCCUUCGGCAAGGAUGUCGCCGCCUCUUUCGGCAAGGAGACGCCCGAGAGCUUCGCCACUAUGCUCAAGUGCACAGACGCCAGCCGCAUCGAUGUGGCGCGAGUCAAGCGCAUGCGCGCCGUACUCGCCGCUGAAUCCCCCACCUGGAUCUCGGCGUUCAUCUCGCCCGCGUGCGCCGGCUACGAUGCCAUGCUCGCACGUCUCGAUGAGCUGCUUGCCAUGGAAUGGAGAGAGGAGCAGCACGACGACAUGCUCCUCCACGAGCUCCUGCGCUGCUUUGUCGCCCUCAGCACCACCGAGGUCGGCCGCGACGCCCUCGCCUCCCACGCUCCGCGGCCCUUCCGCCAGCUCGUCGACCUCCUCUUCUCCGAAAAGAAGCCUGGCGAUCUCUCGACUCGCAAGCUUAUGAUCGAGCUUCUCGCCAUCCUGCUCGACCUUCAGCUGCCCGCUUCUCACGCUCACUCGCACUCGUCGCUCAACUACCUCCUCGAGCUCCUCCAGAACCCCUCGGACCCGGCCAAGGACGCCGUGGUGGACUUCAUCAAGCAGACCCAUGCGCCACGCCCCUUCAAGACGUACAUCGUCGAGAUCGCUGGCGUGUGUCGCGACUACUUUUGGAUCUUUUGCCACUCGCAGAACCUCUUCUGGCGCUGGGACGAGCUGCAGGAUCGCAUCGACUCGAUCCAGGGGCCCAAGGUGCCCGGCGGCAUGACCGGAGGCGUCGAGUUUGAGGCAAUGGCCUAUCUCACCGCGCAUCUCAGGCUGGUCAAUGCCAUCGCCACCGUGCUCGUCCAGCUCAAGGCGCAUCAGCUGCCUCGACCCGCCAUGACGGCGCAGCUGUUCCACCAGAACCUCUUUGCCUCGGGUAUCGAGAGGGUCCUCGCGACGCUGCGCAGGGCCUCGCAGCACUACUAUCCCACCACGCACCUCGAACUCGCCAGGUAUCUGAGUCUGGCCAACCAAGCUGGCCAUCCGGUUCCCUACCAUCUGGCCGACUGGAUCGAGAGCCCAAAGACAAAGACGGCGCCGCUGUUGCCACCGCUUGAGCUGCCCAGCUCGCAGGCGCGCGCCUCGCCCUACACCGGCGCCUCGCCUCAGGCCGGAUACGGUAUCGCAGGCGCGUUCAUCGCCCCGUCCACGCCGGCUCGUCAGUCGUCCUUUCAGAACGGCACCGAAGACAAGGCGCCAGUGGCAGUGACGACGAUCAGCCGAUCCAACGCAAUGCGCUCUGCAUCGCAGUCUCCCAGCAAGCGCGACCGCAUGCUCGCCCCUACCACGACGGCCGAGCCAGCACCGGCGGUAGCCGCCACGGGCGACUUUUGGGACUUUGACACGGCCGCGCCCAGUCGCGAGGUAGAGGUGGUGGGCUUUGACCGUCGACUCGACAGCCAGUUCUUCGCUCCCUCGGCGCCCGUUGCACCCGAGCCGCCCUCGUCGCCUGGCAUGCCGUCCUCGUCCACUUCCAAGCGCAUCCUUGGCCUGUCCGAAGCAGUCGCCCAGGACCUCAAGCCUCCCAACGCAGAUCGACCAAAGGGUUCCAUCGUCGGCUCGGCAGUGCAGCAGUGGGAAAGCCGUUCCAUCUCGCAUGCUCCCACCCCCUUCCAGCGCGCCAAACUUCCAAACCUCCGUUGA